GUCAGACAAAACAGUAUUUCUAUUUACGGCACAGAAGAAUGAGAUAUACGAAAUAAACACCGAGCGAGAGACCUUUAUGAACAAAGCGAAAAUGGAGUUUAUGUUUGGAAGCGAGUGUAAAUCGUCAUAUUUCACAAACAGUGUUGUUGAGAACGUGGGCCAAUUUAAUACUGGAGAACAAAACCUUCACUGGAGCGAUUGCCAAGCGACAGGCUGACCAAACGCGAAAAGAGUGAGAGUGACUACCAUGGCACCAUUCACCAUUUCUCCACAUCAUUCACUGUCUUAUCAGUGUCAUUUACCUCCGACGGCUCCAUACCAGCAAUCCAAGAUGAGUGUAGAGUUGUCAUCGAAUACGACAGGAACACCUGAAGAUCGACCUCUCAGUGCUUAUCGGAGAAUGUCCGUCUCCUCCAUGCUACUGAAGAUCAGACUGCAUCUGUGGCAGGUCAUCCAGAGAGUUCAGAACUGCUUUAUGAGUGUGAUCGAGCUUUUCGGCUCCAACAUGUUUUUAUUCAUUUGUGUGGGAAAGAACACAGCCAUGACGGGCGAGUUGAAAAAGAACAGUGUUGUGGAGGCCCAGGAGAGGCCUGGUGUGGAAUUCAUGAGUGGGAUGCUGAGAUCGGUCGAGUUGGAUAAGCAGAUACAGGAUUCAGAGAUGGAACUAGAUGAUGAAGGGUUGACCACGCCUGCUGAAAGGCAGGAAUGGUCAAUGGAUGAUUCUGAGGAAGAGGAUGAAUGCCAGCUCUCAGAAUGGGAGUCUGAAGAAGAUGAUGAUGAUGAAGAGGAGGAGGAAGAAGAUGGUGAGGAAGAACAAACUCGACAUGAGGAAACAGAAUGUGAUGUGGAUUCAGAAUGGUCAGAUGAUGAUGAUGAUGAAGAUUCUGAAGCAUCAACAGAGAGCCUUGAGCUUUGGGAAUCCUUCUUCAAGAGCAGUGACCCAUACAACCCUCUGAGCUUCUCCUCCUGCACUGCAUCUCGAACAAACACCUCUAGCACAAGCAAGAACCAGCUGACACCGAGCUCAGAAAUCAAACAAGCUACAAAUGAAGAGGAGCAUUAUCCUAAACCAAGCACAAAGAAGGGAAAGAAGGUGCGUUUCAAUGACAAGGUAACCAUACGCCCCCUAGUGGCUUGGAGUUUUGCUGGAAGAGCAGCUCGGGAUGGUUCUUGUUGGAUGCGGAUGGCCAGAGACAGAGAGCGGUUUAGGAGAAGAGUGGAGAGUGUUGAGAACAUCAUCACACCCUGCCUUACAUCUGCACACAGAGCCGGCGUAUGGGAGAGACUUCAGAGAAAAACAUUGUCGUAAACCUCCAGCUUUAUUUAUUGUUACAGUAACAAAAUUGUCUAGCAGUUCACUGUAUGUUUGACAGAACUCAGUAUGGUCUAAUUGAUGGUGCUUUAAAUCUUAGAUCACCGUUUUUUUGUGUGUAGUUUGUUACACUGUUAGUGUGGUGCACUUUAUUUUAAUGGAUUUUUAAAAGUUGUUUCACUUUAUAUUUAUUGCACUUGUUUAUAUUGUGUUGUACUAGAAAUCAGUGUAAAAGUCGUAAUACGCUGAACAUGUUAUGUAGCAGCUGACGCAUUGUUAAAACUUUUCCACCAUUUAAUGCUUUGUUAAUUUGAGCUACUUUAUAAGAAUUAAACUUCCAGUACAAAG